AGGUAGUUAUAGUAGUGAGAACUGGAGGGUUGUAGGGGAUUCAAGAGGUCUUAACUGAAUAAGAGAUAGAAAUGUGCCUCAGAGUAAGGACAAGAUUCCUCUUGUGGGACAAUUAACAUCUUCCAAUGCGCAUUCGCACCCGUCAGGUUGGUAGAUGGGGCAAGUCAACUUGAGUUCGUUUCGACCGGAGACAAUCUUCAUCUACUUGACGUGGAUGCCUGGGAUGAGAUUUUGCGGAUAGCACUCACAAGUCACAACUGAUGUAUGUCUUUUUGGUUACAUGUCACGAUUCAGGUCUUGCAGAACAGCCGAGGCGCUGUUGAGUUUCAACCUGUAGCGAACUCGCCUUUACGUUCGCCCGUCUCAUCAAAUUGUCUCUUCGGCAAGGUCAACGACGGGGGUGGGACCGUGGACCUGGAUCGUGGAAUCAUCCGGAGUUGCCACUACGACAGGUUCUUUCCCCCAGAGACGCAACUUCCCAUUUUUACUAACGUAGGAUGCACCAAAUCAUACCGAGGCCGGGGAGACAUGAAACAGUUAUAUCAUUACCCCAAAGUUGAUACUGUUCAGGUUCCUCCGAACACUUGCGGUGAUAGUGAAGUCCAAUUCGCCUCCGAGCAGUCACUCAUCAACGAUGAAGACGCACAACUUUAUUCCAUGUUGACGGCCGCAAUGGAAACUGACCUUGUUGAAUAUCAGAAAAUCGCGUCCGCCGUCAACAACAGCGUGAUCCGGGAAACCCAGUCUCCGACGUUCACCCCAACAAUGAGCUGUUCUGGUAACGCCCUGGCUCUCACCGAGGAUGUCUCCCACGCUCCCGUUGCGGCUGCAUCCAGCCCCCCUACGUCUGCGGGAUCGAAAAAUCAAGGAAGCACUACUCCCGACGUCACAACGAGCCCCCUUCCCUCGACGGAGGAGAUGACGAUGGACCUCUCGUUCGAGGAUGUCACUUUCACCAAGCAGCCGGGCCAACUGUUUGACGAGAAGGAAAAAACCUCGAAGCUCAUCCGGUUGUCAGAGGGAGGAAAGGACGACAACAACUACCGCCUGUACACCCGCCCUACCCCUAUCCCCCCUUGGGCUGGUCGCCCUCCUCUUGCUCCUACACCCUCCGAGAUGCAGAGCAACGUCAACAGCAACACAAACGAUAACAACGAGAGGAAGACUGGCAGACCCAACAGCUUCGACAAUGCUUCCUCGUAUCCCUUCGGCCUCGCUCCAUCAACGGAGCUAACGGACAACCAAUCUCUUCUAGCGGCGAUGCCCUUCCCGGAGAUCGCGCAAGUUAUCUCUUCGCGCGGGUUUAUCGUCCUGCCGCGAGACGCAACAGACGACUUUCUCGCCUCCCACGGGCUCGUUCGCACCUCGCUCCUCUCGGAAGCCGAGCUUGCCCGCCUCGGCAUCCCGCGGCCUACCACAACCUUCCACUCGCCUCUCAGGACGCACACGUCCGCCGUCGCCGUUACCACUCCCGGUCAUGCUGGCCAUGCUAGAAACGCCAGCAACAGCAACAGCAACAGCAACAGCACCAGCACCAACACCAGCACCAACACCAACAGAAACAACUCCGUCUCGCCCUCUUCCUCCCCCCCCUGCAAGCGCAACGCCAGCGCCGUCAGUCUCUACCAGACCCCCCAGUUAGCGCGCCAGACGAGCAAGAAGAGAAAGUUCUCCAAGACGUCCACUCUGGAUAUCACGGGCCGGCCCGAAGGCUUCCCGGCACCUUCCGGCUUGUCGAACGCCAUCGUGAACUCCAUUCUGCGUCAGCAGGAAGCGAAGAGGGGUCGAAACUACGCGAGACAGGGCGGUUAUCCUGCAGGGAUUGACCGCUUUAUUUGGGAAAAAAAUGGGCAGCAGUAUCACAGCAUCGACUUGGUCCUGUCGCGGAGACCGUUGAUCCUGAUCACCAGCGCAUUGUAA